UUUUUUUUCCAUUUCCUCUAUUAGGCGCCUGCCGCUUUUGUGUGUCAAACUGGAGACUUGCUAAGGCUCAUUGGUGAACACCUCCUUCCAUUGCCCGCCCAGUUCCAUGCCACUGAGGUACCAGCGUCGCUUAUGGCGCUGCGUGGAACGUGGCCACCGUCACAAGUUGCACAGGCUCCUGCGGCAUCACAGGGGAGCCUUGGACCUGGGCGAAACGAAGGGACACAAAAACCACACACCCCUGCACCGAUGCUGUGCCCUCCUGGACCACAAAGCUGCCAUCCUUUUGCUGAAGCACGGAGCAGACCCCUUUCUCCUGGACCACCGUGGGGACACAGCUCUGCAUGUGGCUGCCCGGCAAGUAGCGCGUGCAGGAGGCCAGGUGUAUGAAGAUCUGUUUGUGCCCUUGCGAAUCCACUGUCCUUCUGCUAUGAGGAUCAAGAACACAGCUGGAAAGACGCCGGGGGAUCUCCUGAGCACAGCAGGAGAAGAGAAAUGGUGCCCCCAGGAAACACUUGAGGAAAAUGAGGCAGAAUGUGAAGCUGAGAGGGAAUGGAGAUGCAAACUUCUAAACGAAUGGGAGGACGAGUUUCAAGAGACCCCAUGGCAGAAUGAAGACGAUUUCUCCACUGGUUCAAACCCAGAAACGUACGAGGAUUGGGCUGAUCGCAUACGCAGAGAAUACAGGCAGAAACGUAGGCAAGAAGAGGAACAGCGUCCCUGGAGGCCUAGAAGGGAAGCUCAGAAGUCUUCCAUUCAACUCCAGCACUUCCUGGAGCAGGAACAUCUGCAGUACCUCAAGCGUGCCCAAGCCAAGGAGGAGGAGGUUAAGGCCGCCAGGAGAAGACGUUACGAGGAAGGCUGCAGCCGGGUCUUCUCCUCAGAUAGUUCACGUCCGCUGCGUUACGAGGACAUUCCCUGGCCGAGCCCGACUGGGACUCCUGAGGAAAUGGCCUCUGCAGCCCUUCACGGUGUAGAGCCUUCGGACAGAAAUGCUUAUCGGCGCUUCCUCCGGCGUCAGCAGGCUCUGUGGCAUCCAGACAAGUUUGCGCAGCGCUGCGGCACACGCUUGGCUGAACGGGACCGCCGUCAGAUCUUGGACACUGUCACGGCAUUGUCUCAAGCUUUCAAUCGGUUGGCCGAAGCUGCCAAGUAGAUCUUGCUGCUUGUCUACAUGAGUGGUUCUCAACCUCAGCAGCUUUAAGAUGUGUGGACUUCAACUCCCAGAAUUCCCC